UUCUACCAAGAAAUGGUCGACCUCAAAUUCAUAACAGCAAAUUAGAAAAGACGAAGUGAAAUUUCAACAAGAAAAAGAAAACAAAAAACAAAACAAGAAGUAGAAAAACAAAGGCGUACAGGAAAAUCAGAAAUCCAAAAUUCUUGUUUCCUGUAUGCCAAAAUUUUCUCGCUCAUGUUUUCACGCAGCCAUGGUUGUUAAAUAUUAUAAUCAUGCCAUUAUUAAUCUCCUUCUGUCUCUAGCAACCAUUUUCCUUAUCUCUCACACAUCACACGCACAGGACAGACCUUUAAUUCUCAAUUGUGGCUCCCCAAGCUCUGCCAAAGAUGCCGACGGUCGCUUCUGGGAUCCCGAUGACAAAUUCUUGGCUGCCGACACAAAAUUCGUCAUCGCGAGAGCCGAUGUUCAAGACCCUUCAUUGCCGUCCGAGGUUCCGUAUAUGACUGCCAGGAUCUUCCAAUCUGAAGCCAAGUACCAAUUCCCCCUCAAAGAUUCAACCUCCCGAACUAUGCUGCGCCUUCAUUUCUACCCAUCAUCCUACCCUAAUUUCAACAUUUCCAACUCCUAUUUCGCUGUCGUUGCCGGGGGCGUGACGCUGCUGAGCAAUUUCAGCGCCUACAUAUCAGCAGAGGCACUAUCUCAAGCAUAUUUCAUCAAGGAAUUCUUCUUGGCGCCGUCACAAUCUGCGACACUUGAUGUCACGUUUAAGCCAUCUGGUCCACAAUCUUUUGCAUUUGUGAAUGGGAUUGAAGUCAUGCCGGUUCCUGCAAUCUUUAAUUCAGAUCCGGCACUUGCCGGCACCGUGGGGGCGGGCAUGGACGCGACAGGAGCGACAACGGUGCCAAUCAGCGAUAGCAGCAUGGAGACAAUGUUCAGGUUGAAUGUAGGCGGGCGGUAUAUCUCACCGGUGAAUGAUUCGGAUGGACUGAUGCGGAGUUGGUACGAUGAUAGUGUUUACGUCUACAGUGCGGCCGUAGGAGUUGCUAUGGGAGCCAAUAGGAGCAUCACUUAUAAAACCAUGCCUUCUUAUAUGGCCCCACUUGAUGUCUACUCCAGUUAUAGGUCAAUGGGGGCAUACAAAGAUGUGAACAAGAAAACUAAUCUCACAUGGGUUUUCCAAGUUGAUCCCAAUUUCAUGUACAUGUUGAGGUUCCAUUGGUGUGACUCCGAGAUGACAAGGCCCAACCAGAGGGUCUUCGAUGUCUUCAUCAAUAAUAGAAGCGCCCAAUACGACGUAGACGUGUUUGGCAUGACCAUGGCAACAGCCACCCCCGUGAAGAAGGACUAUGUAGCUCGAGUCAGCGACUCUAGCUCUGAGCUGUGGGUGGCAUUGCGCCCCACGGAGUCCGUGAGAUCAGAGUUCGCCGACGUUCUACUUAAUGGGCUAGAAGUUUUCAAGUUGAGUGACGUGGCCAAGGCAAACUUGGCCGGCCCCAAUCCUAGCCUCUCUGACAUGAUGAGGAAGUAUCGAGAUGGCAAGACGUCAUUUGCCUCGGACGCAUCUGCUGUUUCCACGGUGAUCAUCACCGGGGCGGCAGGCGGAGCCUGCGCAGUCGGGUUGGCUUUCGUUGUGUGUGUCUUGGUUUACCAAAGGAAGCGAAGGGACCCAAAAGCAGAGGGCACCACCACGUGGCUGCCUAUUUCUUGGAACUCCACAUCGACCUCCACCACCAUUAAAUCCUCCAUGUCGAGCAGAAGCCAGGGCGGCACCACCAUUUCAUCGGACGCGGCGUGCAAUUGUCGCUACUUCAGCCUGACAGAGAUCAAGAGCGCCACCAAGAACUUCGACGAGUCCAACGUCAUAGGCGUGGGGGGCUUCGGCAAGGUCUACAAAGGCGUGGUCGAUGGCCACACAAUGGUCGCCGUAAAGCGAUCCAACCCUUCUUCCGACCAGGGCAUAAACGAGUUUCAGACAGAAAUAGAGAUGUUGUCGAGGCUUAGACACCGACAUUUAGUCUCCCUAAUCGGAUUUUGUGAAGACAACGGAGAGAUGAUCCUCGUGUACGAUUACAUGGGGCAAGGGACACUAAGGGAACAUCUCUACAAGGGCAAUAAAAUCGUUCUAUCAUGGAAACAACGCCUAGAGAUAUGCAUAGGAGCAGCCAGAGGCCUGCACUACCUCCACACCGGAGCUAAAUACACCAUCAUUCAUAGAGACGUCAAGACCACAAACAUUCUCCUCGACGACAAAUGGGUCGCCAAGAUGUCUGAUUUCGGCCUCUCCAAGACCGGCCCAGACAUGAACAAGGGCCACGUUAGCACUGUGGUUAAAGGCAGCUUCGGAUAUUUAGACCCUGAGUAUUUCCGCCGGCAACAACUCACUGAAAAAUCUGAUGUCUACUCAUUCGGUGUUGUGCUGUUCGAGGUCCUAUGCGCCCGCCCUGCCCUAAACCCUAGCUUGCCUAAGGAACAAGUCAGCCUCGCCGAUUGGGCGCUGCGGUGUGCGAGAAACGGCACGCUUGAAGAAAUCAUCGAUCCACAACUACAAGGAAAAAUGAGCCAAGAGAGCUUGAAGAAAUUCAUGGAAACCGCAGAGAAAUGCUUGGCCGAUCACGGCACAGACCGCCCCUCCAUGGGCGAUGUAUUGUGGAAUCUGGAGUUCGCUCUACAGCUACAUGAAAAUCCCGACCACAAAAAGAGUCAUUCCACUACCACAGACAGCGUAGAUUUCCAAGGACAGAUCGAUCAAAAUAGCAUCAUGGCUAUGCAUAGAAGCAUUCUGAAUCUUGAAGACGAUGACGACGACGAUGAUGAAGAAGCAAGGAAACACAAGAAAGAGAGUGAUAAUCCAGAUGAGAUUUUCUCACAGAUUGUCAACCCUACGGGCCGUUGAUAUCAUCUCGCGUUUCUUUAUGUAUGAUGUCGUCGGUGAAUGUAUGACUAUAUUGACAUUGAUUUAGCAGCAAGCUUCUUAUCAUCUUUGGGAUUGUAUAUUAAUGUUUGUAUGGAUUGGAUUAUUGGUUGCAAAUUUUUAAUUCA